AGCAGCGGCUUGGCGCUUCUCCGAUCCAGGCAGGGCGUGUGAGUGUGCGGUCCCGAAACGAGCGGAGAGGACGGGAGCGGGAAGUGAGGCAACCGCCAUGGGGGCUGAGAAGAAGUUACUGCAGAUUAAGGAGGCCUUUCAGCUGGCCCAGCUGCCGCAUCAGAACCACGCCAAGCUGGCGGCCGCCUUGAACCGGACUUACAGCACGGUAGAAGAUAAAACAAUUUUUUUUAAAGAAUUCAUUCACUACCUUAAAUAUGCUAUGGUGAUCUAUAAGCGGGAACCUGCUGUGGAGAGAGUAAUAGAUUUUGCAGCUAAGUUUGUUACUUCAUUUCACCAACCAGAAAAAGAAGAUGAUGAAGAAGAGGAAGAGACUUCCCUUUUAAGUUAUUUGUUUACUUUUCUCCUAGAGUCUCAUGAAGCAAAUAGCAACGCUGUUAGAUUUAGAGUGUGCCAUCUUAUAAAUAAACUUUUGGGAAGUAUGCCGGAAAAUGCCCAGAUCGAUGAUGAUUUGUUUGAUAAAAUUAAUGAAGCCAUGCUUAUUAGAGCAAAAGAUAAGAUUCCAAAUGUGAGGAUUCAGGCAGUUCUGGCUCUUGCCAGACUUCAGGAUCCCAAGGAUGACGACUGUCCUGUAAUUAAUGCUUAUAAUACCUUACUUGAGAAUGAUUCGAAUUCGGAAGUGAGACGUGCAGUGUUAUCUUGUAUUGCUCCAUCUGCAAAGACUUUAUCAAAAAUUGUUGGGCGCACCAGAGAUGUGAAAGAGGCUGUCAGGAAGUUGGCAUAUCAGGUUUUGGCUGAAAAGGUUCAUAUGAGAGCUUUGUCCAUAGCUCAGAGAGUAAAGCUUCUUCAACAAGGACUUAAUGACAGAUCAGAGUCUGUGAAAGAGGUUAUGCAGAAGAAACUUCUUCAGGCCUGGUUACAUUUUACUGAGGGAGAUGUUUUAGAGUUCCUUCAUCGCCUGGAUGUGGAAAACUGUCCCGAGGUGGCCGACUCUGUCCUCAAGGCCUUGUUUGCCACGAUUCCUGUCAGCGAACUGAUGGAAGUCUGUAAAAGCAGUGAUGGCAAGAAAUUGAUUCCUGUGGAAACACUAACCCCUGAAAUUGCUUUGUAUUGGAGAGUUCUUUGUGAAUAUCUGAAAUCUAAAGGAGAUGAAGGGGAAGCUUUCUUAGAGCAGAUUUUGCCCGAAACUGCAAUCUAUUCAGAAUAUUUGCUGAGUUAUAUUCAGAGCAUUCCAGUCGUUACUGAAGAAAAAAGAGGUGAUUUUGCCUACAUUGAAAAUUUGAUGACAAAAGAGUUCAUAGGUCAGCAGUUGAUUCUAAUUAUCAAGUCCUUAGAUACCAAUGAAGAGGGAGGAAGAAAGCAGUUGUUGGCUAUCCUGCAGGAGAUCCUCACCCUGCCCACUCUCUCGAUCACUUUGGUUUCCUUCCUGGUGGAGAGGCUGCUUCACCUCCUUCACGACGAUGUCAAGAAAACUCAGAUUGUUACAGAAAUUAUUUCAGAGAUCCGGGAGCCCAUUGUCACUGCUGAAGCUUCAGAAGAUUCUGUCGAAAGAAGGAAAAAAGAGCUCAGACUGGCCGAAGUCAAGGUGAAGCUUAUUGAAGCCAAGGAGGCUCUGGAGGAGUGCAUCACACUGCAAGAUUUUAAUCACGCCUCCCUGUUAAAAGAGAAGAUAAAAGCACUUGAAGACACCAAGGUGGAGCUCCUCAGAGAGACAGAGCAGACUGAGAUUGCUGAGGUUCACACAGAGAAGAAUGAUCCUGAAACAUUACAGAAAUGUCUAAUUUUAUGCUACGAACUUCUGAAACACAUCUCUAUUUCUACAGGCAUAAGUGCAACCAUGAAUGUUAUUAUUGACUCUUUGAUUCUUCCUGGAAUAACAAAUGUUCAUCCUGCAGUGAGAAAUAUGGCUGUUUUAUGCUUAGGUUGUUGUGGUUUGCAGAACCAAGAUUUUGCCAGUAAACAUUUUGCAUUGUUAUUGCAGGUUUUGCAGAUUGAUGACAUCGUAAUAAAGAUAAGUGCUCUCAAGGCAGUUUUUGACCAGUUAAUGUUGUUUGGUACUGAACCAUUUAAGUCGAAAAAAGUCAAGGACCUUGAGAAUAGAGAAGCAGAGAUAACUGAGGACAGUGAGCUUGACCAUGAGCUACAAAUGAAAGCCGUUGAAGAAGAGAAUGUCACUGCUAUGAACACCCUGAAGCUUCUGGCUAGUUUUCUGGACAGUGAGAUUUCUGAGCUCCGGACAGCAGCUGCAGAAGGAUUAGCCAAGUUGAUGUUCUCUGGACAAUUAGUCAGUAGCCGGCUUCUUUCUCGUCUUGUUUUGUUGUGGUACAAUCCUGUGACUGAAGAGGACGUUCAGCUGCGACAUUGUCUAGGGGUGUUCUUCCCUAUAUUCGCUUAUGCAAGCAGGACUAAUCAGGAGUGCUUUGAAGAAGCUUUUUUCCCAACUCUGAAAACACUGCUUAAUGCGCCUGCAUCUUCUCCGUUAGCUGAAAUAGAUAUCGCUAAUGUAGCUGAACUACUUGUAGACUUGAUGAGACCAAGUGGGUUGAAUCCUCAAGCCAGAAAUUCCCAGGACUACCAGACUUCAACAGUACAUGAUAAUUUAGCCAUAAAAAUUUGCAAUGAAAUCUUAAUAAAUCCAAGUGCGCCAGAAAUUCGCUUUUAUGUAAAAGCCUUGAAUUCUUUAGAAUUCAGUGACAGCUCUACAAAAGAACUUACCGUGUUAUUGGAUGAGAUUCUUGAGGAAGUAAAAGAUAGGACAUGUUUGAGAAUCUUAGAGAAGAUCAGGAUACAGUUGAGCAAAGGGAGUAGUGAAUGUGGUGGCCAGCAGCGUUCAGGAGGAGCCCAGGACAGUGAGAGCACCUCCAUGAUUGUUAAUCAGAAUGAGGAAGAAAAAAACAAAGAAAUGUUUCAGACUCCUUUUAUAACCAAAAGUAAAGGUGUCAAGACGCUUAAAACCACUGCAUCCAAGACUAACAAAGGACGCAGAAAAGUUGCAGCUGACUCAAAAUCGGUGAAUAGAAGGCAUCAACAUGCCGAACCUCAUUCUGAAAGUGACCAAGAAAUCCCAGAACCAGUUACAGAGAUGAAGACACGACUACCGAGGAGAGCUAAAACAGCAGCUUUGGAAAAAACAAAACUAAAUCUUAUACCUCUUCUUGGUGAAGAAGACAACUAAGAAUUGCCUCCUCUCCCCUCCCCCUUCUCUCCCCCCCUCCACUUUAAUGGCUUUUGCAUUUUGGGGCAGAAAAAAUAUUCAGUUGCUUUUAUAUUAAUAAAAGUUAUUAUUUGCAUUUUAUGACCUAUAAA